AUGUACAAAACGGUUACUCUCACGUUUGCUUUCUUUGUCGCCGCUGUAGCAGGUCUACCGGCCGCCAAACGCGGGUUAUUAGACCAAUAUACGCAUUACCAAGGAGACGGCUCAGCCAGCGCCGGCUGGCCAUCUAAGGAUUCUUGGGCCUCCUGGGACGACUUGUGGACCGCAAACUCUGAGCUUAUGAAACAAUCUUGCAGCUGGAAUGGCUGGGGCAUUAAUGACUCGGCGGAUGAAAUUGACUCUAUCAAGAGUGCUAUUCAGCAGGUGUCCUCGGAAACUGGCAUUGACAACCGGUUUAUUCUGGCCAUUAUGAUGCAGGAGAGUAAGGGCUGCGUUCGGGUCCCUACCACGAACAACGGUGUGGUAAACCCCGGCUUGAUGCAGUCUCAUAACGGCGCUGGGACUUGUGCCAAUGCAAGCCCUUGUGCUAGCAGCGACAUCACUCGAAUGAUCAGCGAUGGUGCCGCUGGGACGUCUUCUGGUGAUGGACUUAAACAGCUGCUUGCUAAAGCUAGUGGAAACACAGCUGGUGCCGAUGAUGUCCGCACCUUCUACGCCGCAGCACGCUUAUACAACAGCGGUUCUGCAGAUUAUGCUCAGCUGGGUAAUGGCUUGGGAAGCACCUCUUGUUACGCUUCGGAUAUUGCCAACCGACUCACUGGGUGGACUCUUGCUACAACGAGCUGCUCUAUUUAG